AUGUUACCAACAUUAAUAUUAAUUGACUCAAUUAUUGCUAAAAAACCUACCUCAUCAUCACGUAUUAAUUAUGCUGCAGCUACAACUGUUGGUCUGUAUAAUCAGCAUUCAAAUUUGCUUAUCAAUCAAAUCGAUGUAGCUCAGUCACAUGAUCAUUCAUAUUCCAAGCACAUCAAUAAAGAUAAGCAAACAAUUGCUAAAGAAAAUCAAUUUGAUUUAAAAGGAAAAGCAACAGCUGCUCGACAAGAAAAACUUCUCGAACAUAUUAUUGAAGAAUUUGGUCGUAAUAAUAUUCAGUAUAUUUGUGUAUCAUAUGGAAACUACAUUGAGUUCGAUUCAUUUUGUUGUGCAAAUAACUGUCGUGAUGCAUUAAGAUCAGCAACACCUGGUAAUCCAUCAAGUAACAACAACAAUCAUGCGAAUGUAUCUGCUCAUUUAUCACCUGCCAAACGAAUGACAGUCCGGGCUCAAGUUACUGAUAAAUAUCAACUAAGUUUAACGAUUCACGUGACGGUUCCAUCAAUUGUUCUUUUAAAUCCUGGUGAUGAAGGAUCAUUAACAGCAACUCCCAUCACCAAGAAAGAAAUACAAGAGGCUGAUUACUGGGCAAGACGAGCAAUAAUAUACAAAAUGGGCCCAAAUGAGUCUUUUUAUAAAGUUCAACCUACAUCGGCGUCCGGUACAACGGACGCACCUAUCGUUGGUCCUAGUCGUCCACUUCUCGGCCAUCCAAAUGAAUUUGAAAUGGCCCAACGUGAGUGGCUUGACGCAAACAAUCAUCGUCGAGCAGCUGUCGUAAAUGAUUCGUUUGAUCGAUCAUCAUCCAUACCAGUCGAGGGGCUCUCUGAUGAAUCCGAUAUUGAAAUGUUUUAA